AUGGUGUUCACUCUGGUGGGCGGGGCCUCUCUGUGUGGAGCGGCGGCCCUCGUGCUCCUCGUCAUCUCCACGGCUACUGACUAUUGGAUGCAGUAUCGCUACUCAGGGAAUGCAGCCAAUCAGGGCCUCUGGAGGUUCUGCAUCAAUCGCAAGUGCCACGCCCACACGCUGACCGUGGUGUGCAGUGAUGAUCAGCUCAGCAGUGCGAGGUUCAGUGUGUGUUGCAGUGGUUUUUAUGGUCUGGUUUGCGGUGGUUUCUGCUUUGAAGCGGUCUGUGUUUCUGCAGGAUUUCUUGCGCUCUUGGCUUUGGCGAUCUACACCGGCAUGACCGUCAACUUCUUCGGCAAACGCUACAUCGACUGGAGAUUCUCAUGGUCCUAUAUCUUGGCUUGGGUCGGCAUCAUAUUGGCUUUUGGAGCAGGCGUCCUGCAGCUCUGUGCGUAUCAGAGGAGCGUCUCUGAAGCAGCACCUGCGAGCGUCUCAAACAUCUCAACAUGAAAUAAAUGGCUUUCGGACUCUUUCUUUGGCAGAUGAUUUAUUUCUCACACAGGAUUAUUGGUGCAGCAUGAUUUAAUACUGGCAUUACUGGUUAGGAGUUAUGAUUCUGUCUGUCCAAUAGAUGGCGUUCAGAUGCAAAACACCCUCAGAUGAGGAAUGAUAUAUUCAGCACACAGACACUGAUCAGAGUUCAUUUCUCUGCGUCGCCAACUCAACAUGAAAUACAUACAGAAACACAGACAGCAGUAAAGCUUUUAAAAUAUUAAUGUACACAGAAGACCCUGAAUUACAGUUUGCCUUUUUCAAGCAGUUUCUGUAAACAUGCAAAGAUAAAAUCUUGGAAUAAUACAACA